AUGAGGGACAGCAGUGACCGGGGACACGGGCGGAGUGCGCUCUUCCUCCUCGCCGUCGCGCUUCAGGCUCAGGCUGUCCUCACAGUGGGUUCAUUCGAGCUGCAGAUCCGACUGUGGCAAAACUCUUUGGGUGUCCUACAAAGUGGCCGGUGCUGCGACCCCCAGCCCGGCAGUGGGCAGCGGUGUCCUCCCGGCGAUCAGUGCGACACCUUCUUCAGGGUCUGUCUAAAGGAGUACCAGGUUCGGGUGGCGCCCAUAGGGACAUGUACGUUCGGCUCAGGGAGCACGCCGGUCCUCGGUGGAAACUCCCAUGCUGUUCAUCACCAUGGACACGAAGGGGGCCGGAUCAUCAUCCCGUUUAAAUAUGCCUGGCAGAAAUCCUUUUCCUUAGUGAUUGAGGUCUUUGACCAUGAUAACGAAACUUCAGAUCCAGGUCAUGAGGGUUUGAUAGAACGUGUCCUGUUGUCGUCCAUGCUGAACCCGGGGGAGCAGUGGCAAUCGCACCGGCACCACAGCCGCCACUUCAGCCUGGAGUACCGCCUGCGCUUCAUGUGUGACACCAACUACUUCGGGCCGCAGUGCAACAAGUUCUGUCGUGCACGCGAUGAUUUCUUCGGCCAUUUCGACUGCGAUGUGGCCGGCAGCAAAGUCUGCAAGGAUGGCUGGACGGGACCAGAGUGCACACAAGCAAUGUGUAAGCAGGGAUGUAACCUGGCCCAUGCGUCCUGCAGUCUACCAGGAGAGUGCCAGUGCCAAUACGGCUGGCAAGGUGAGAUGUGUGACGAGUGUGAGACCUACCCUGGCUGUGACCAUGGCACAUGCACCGAACGCUGGCAGUGUAUAUGUGACACCAACUGGGGCGGCCUGCUCUGUGACAAAGAUCUAAAUUACUGUGGAACCCAUCAGCCAUGUAAGAACAGUGGCACUUGCAUCAACACAGAACCCAACGAGUACCAGUGUGUGUGUCAAGAUGGUUUCCGUGGUCGUGACUGUGGCAUCGUGGAGCACGCAUGUCUCUCGUCUCCGUGUCUGAAUGGAGCUACGUGUUUAGAGGACCCGACAGGUUUCAGUUGUGAGUGUGCGGAUGGCUGGACGGGACCCACUUGUGCUGCUGCGGUGCUCCAUUGUGAUUCCCACCCGUGCGGACGUGGGGCCACGUGCCGAGAGACCGCCCAGGGCUUCCAGUGUCUCUGCCCUCCAGGCUGGACCGGCAGAACCUGCAAGAUAGACAUGAACGAAUGCGAGACGAACAUCUGCGCCAAUGCCCGCUCCUGCCGAGACCUGAUCGGAGGAUACCUGUGUGACUGUCUACCUGGAUGGGUGGGGCCGAACUGUGAUAUAAGGAACAGUAGCUGCCAGGGCCUGUGUCUGAAUGGAGGACUCUGUGAGGAAUCACACUGUGCCUGUUUGCCGGGUUUCUCUGGAAAACACUGUCAGACGGAGGUGAAAAUAUGUGAAAGCGCCCUCUGUCUGCACGGAGGAGAGUGUGUCGAACGGAAGGAUGGGGGUAGCGUUUUCUGCAACUGUCUACCAGGAUACACCGGAACUUACUGUGAGGUGGUGGUAGAUCCGUGUAAUCCGAACCCCUGCCAGAAGGGGGUGCCGUGUCAGAGCACAGAGGAUGGCUACUUGUGCGGCUGUCCAGCGGGCUACUUCGGAAAUGAGUGCAUGAGCCUAAAGGAACUGUGCCAUGGGUCACAUUGCCAAGACACGGAUAAACGAGUCUUCAGCUUAUACAUGACAUCACUGGGCAUCUUGGCUGUGUUGGUAGCCGUUGGCUGCUCCGCCUGUGCCUUUCUUCUGUCUCGCCUGCACCGCCGCCACCGCGCCAAGCAACAACCGAGCAGCGCCGUCCCUGUCGACAACGCCAUCAACAACCAGCGCCACUUUUGCACACUCAUCCGCAACGUAGAGCCGGGCGCGGCGCUGCUGGGUCCGGGUGAGACCCAGAACCAGACCCAGACCCUGCUGUGCGGCUCUGCGCGACCCACGCUACGACCAGAGGAGAUAGAGCUAACCCUGCCGUCCACACAGGUCCAUGCAUCCAGCCACAAAGCGGACCCACCCGUAAUCAUCAAACCCAGCCUGGCGCCCAAAAUUGACAUCUGCAACCGCGAGCGUGAGAAACUGAACCACUUCCACUACGCCGAGCACCAGGAGCUGGAGGCGUGACUCUUCGCCUUCGAGCCUUCACUACUCGAUUCACUGCUAUGACUGUUCUUACUCGAGCAGCCCCCUGCUGGUGAACGUUGACCUGUGAUUACAGUCACCAGGGGGGUGAAUCUCUGAUUAGGAGAGUGCACUCCAUGCUGUCGGGUCAAGCAAAGAGGCCAAACGGACACAGGUCAAAAAAGGGGCGGCGCGUUUUCCAGUCUGGUGGUUUCUGUUUCACACCAGACACAGAAAUCUAAUUAUUGGGUAAUUUAAUCACCAGUUCAAUCCAAUGUGUGUCUUUAAACGAGUCCCAGUUGCUCAGCAUUGUUAAGGAUGUGAGGAUUUGGUUCUAUUUUAAUGGAACUGAAGUUGUUUUAUUAAUUUAUCUAAAGCUCAUUUUUAUUUCAAUGCGUCUCGAUAGUGAAUUUUUGUAUUUGUAUUUAAAAAAAUAAAUGAAUCGUCUGGUCCGAUAA